UCCACCGUCUGUUCCUUCCCCUUCCUCAUUGGUCAGCUGACCGUUGGUCGGUCUGCUGACAGUCAGACAACAGAAAGCAGCUCUGCGAGCCGGAACCAGAACCUCCAAAACCUCCGGGCCCAUCGGACUCGCGGCCUGAGGAAUCCCGGCUGGAGGAACGUCGAACCCCGGACUGGUUCCUGAACCCUUUCCCCCGGCAGGAGGCCUGGUCUCUGGCCUGAACACACCCGCCUCUUCCCUCCGUUGUUUCCGCUGUGAGGCCGGUCAGCUGGUCCCUGUCCGAGCGGAGCUUUAGCUUGACCCGAGGCGGCCUGCCCCCAGCCCCGCUUCGCCCCCUCCGGAGCAGCAUGGCCCCGCUGGAUGUGGCCCUGCAGGGCUUCUCGGUGUUCGGCCUGGUUCUGUUCGUGGUGCUGUGGCUCAUGCACUUCAUGUCCAUCAUCUAUGUGCGUCUCUGCCUCCAUAAGAAGAGAUCUGAGGCCAAGCAGCCGUUCGCUCAGGUCCUCGGAGUUUCUCUGCUGAAGCCGCUGAAGGGCGUCGACCCAAACCUGAUCUCCAACCUGGAGACCUUCUUCACUCUGGACUACCCCAAGUAUGAGAUCCUGCUGUGCGUCCAGGACCAGGACGAUCCGGCUGUGGACGUCUGUAAGAAGCUGUUGGGGAAAUAUCCCAACGUGGACGCUGGACUCUUCAUCGGUGGGAAGAAGGUCGGAAUCAACCCGAAGAUCAACAACCUGAUGCCCGGAUAUGAAGCCGCCAAAUACGGGCUGGUGUGGAUCUGUGACAGCGGCAUCAGAGUGAAACCCGACACCCUGGCGGAUCUGACCAACCAGAUGACGGAGAAGGUGGGUCUGGUCCACGGCCUGCCGUACGUUGCCGACCGCCAAGGCUUCGCCGCCACUCUGGAGCAGGUGUACUUCGGGACGUCCCACCCCCGCUCUUACAUCUCGGCCAACGUUACGGGGAUCAAAUGCGUGACGGGGAUGUCGUGUCUGAUGAGGAAGGACGUCCUGGACCAGGCGGGGGGGCUGGUGGCCUUCGCUCAGUACAUCGCUGAGGACUACUUCAUGGCCAAGGCUAUCGCAGACAGAGGAUGGAAGUUCUCCAUGGCAACACAGGUGGCGCUGCAGAACUCGGGCUCCUACUCCAUUGGACAGUUCCAGUCCCGGAUGAUCAGGUGGACCAAGCUGCGGAUCAACAUGGUUCCCGCCACCGUCCUGGAACCCGUGUCAGAGUGCUUCUUGGCCAGCCUCAUCAUCGGCUGGGCGGCGCAUCAUGUGUUCAGGUGGGACAUGAUGGUCUUCUUCAUGUGUCACUGCUUGGCCUGGUUCAUCGCCGACUACAUCCAGCUCACUGGAGUCCAGGGCGGUCCUCUGAGCUUCUCCAAGCUGGACUUCGCUGUGGCCUGGUUCAUCCGAGAGUCCAUGGCCGUGCAGAUCUUCCUGUCGGCUCUGUGGGACCCCACCAUCAGCUGGAGAACGGGUCGCUACCGGCUGCGCUGCGGCGGCACCGCCGAGGAGAUACUGGACGUGUAGUUACCGCAGCGACCGGCCGCUCGGCUUUCACCCCCCUCAUCAUUACAAAGAGGAGGAGCAGACAGAGACUGAUUGUUUUAUAAGACAGGCGUGUGAGUGUGUGUGUGUGAGUGAGUGUGUUUUUAUAAACUAUUUAUGUUGGUGCUAAAUAUGACAACAGGAAAAAAAAAAAGGUGAGUGAGUCAGUCAGAGGCACCGAACAAGGAGAGAGAGUGACGCAUCGCACUGAAUAACCAGAUCUCUGAUCAGCCAAUGAGGACAAAGCUUUAACAGCUCUGGCUUCUCAUUGGUCCUCCACUUAUUAACUUUGAAAAACAGGAAAUCACAGCAGCAACAAAGCUCUUAUUUAUACAGCAGAGAUAACGCAUCACCCGACUCCCCCUGCUGGCGACUUCAGGGACGUCUCCACCUGGUGGUCAUGUGACCAGCAGGUUUUAAGCUGUUGGUUCAUCGUAAACAUGUCGCAGCAUUCGGUUCUGGUCGCCGUGGGCAACCGAUCCAACAUGCAACAUAUUAAUCAGCCGGGUGUCGAGUUGAGACCUGUGCAGCUUAUUUGUUUGGUUUAUUUAUCAGCUAACGGGUCACAGGUUUCAUCAGGACUCGUAGACAGAAACGGUCUCACUCCAAGUCUCGUAUCAAAUCAGAUCCGUCUGCGAUCUGGAUCCAACAAUCAGAGCUCUGUGUUAAGAUUUAAUGUUAAAAAAAAAAAAGAGAACAAAGAAGCACUUUGGUGGAAAACAUCCAAGUUUAAGCUUUUGUUUUGUUAAUAUGGAAACGACAGCUUUGAUUCCUUUCUUUAAAUGAAUCAGGUCGGGACUAAUUUGAACAAACUGUGAUGGUUUCUGAUUCAGGGAUGUUCAGGUACCAGAUGAGCUCGUUAAAGAGCCGCCUUGAGUCCUGUUAACCUGAACCCGGACCAGAGGACACGCCCCGCCUCCAGCGGGUCGACCAAUCAGAAGCCUGCCUCACUGUACUUAAAAAAAAACUUCUUUAUUCUGACGGUCAAAACAUUUCACCAGUACUGGACCAAAAAAAAAAAUUAAAAAAUUAAAAAAGGUGAAACAUUUCUGCAGGCAGAGUCCAUCAGGUUUUUGAAUGGAUGUGUGUGUUCAGGCCCGGGGUUUGGUGAUGACAUCAUCAGGUGUCUGAUGAACCCCAGCUGAAGCCGUUUGUUUUGUAUUUUUCAUAUUUUAUUGUUCUAAACACCUGCUGUAAGCGGACCAAUCUCAGCCUUACCCACUCAGCACUUGACUCGUUGAGAGGUGAGCUUGGGGGCGGGGCUUGGACAGACGGACAGCAGCCAUUGGUUGUAAGGUUUAUUUAUUUAUUCAUGCGCCAUCCUUCUGUCACACCUCCAGAAUAAAUAAAGAUUUAACAAAC